AUGUAUAAGCAUGCAAAUCGGGUGGUGUGGCUGGUGCAGCACAUCAACGACAGAGAACUGCGACGGCUACAGCUGCCCAGCCUUCUCAUGGCCUUGCUGCCCCCUGCAGCUCCGCUGGAAGACCAAGGGGGAAACACUAGUGGAAGCAGCAACGAUGCGCUGCCGGUGCAACAACAGGCCCUUGUAAUACGUGGCGCAGCUUCCCUGGUGCUGCAGCAGUGGCUGUUGCUGGCAGCGGAUGCUCUGCAGUUGCUGCGGCGUUUGCUUCAGCCAGAGAAGCAACACCACCGGCGCAGCAGCAGCAAUCCCGAGCAGUACCAGCUUUUGGGGAGGCAUCAGCAGCAGGACUCAAGGAGGAAGAGGGUGAAGACAGCCGAGGCCCCAAGAGAAGAUGGCGGAAAAGAGCAGCUGGAAGAUGCAGACGAAGCAGCAGAGGCAAUCUGGGAGCAAACAGCGCGACUGCAGCUGCAACAGCAACACCAGCAAGGGGAGGAAGAGUCUCAGCAGCGACUGAAACGACUGGGAAGCGUCUUUGCUACUCAUCUGCAAGAGGCAGAGUCUUGUGUUAGAGCCAGCAGAGACAGUGCAGGUCUGCUGCUGCAGCGGGGGGGCCCUGACCUCUUCAACGCUUGCUGGGCUGCUGUGGCCACUCCCUUGCGCUCCGGAGGGACACGACCCGGGCAACACCUGCAGCAGCAGCAGCAAAUGGGCUCUCACGAAAGGCUCCUUGCUGCUGCAGGAGACGCGCAGGCUCCCGGCAUGUCGUGGAGACGCUGGGCAUUUGGGGGCCCGGACCCUCACCAGCCUUUCCCUUCAGCAGCAGCAGCAGCAUCCAGUGCAGUAGCAGCUGCUCCAGCAGGCAAGAGCGCCUUUGUUGCAGUGGCGGAACUGGCAGGUGAACGAGGACAAGACGCAGAGGUUGAGUCUGCAGACUUUGCAGAUAUGUGGGGACCCCUUCCAGAGGAAGAGCAGCGAGAAGACUACGAAGCACAGCAGCAGCAGCAGGGAGAAGGUGGGGAGGCAGCUCAGGAUAUCUAUGCGGGGCCGAAAGCAUCUCGGAGAACGGGACAAGGCCACGGAGUGCAGCUGGACACCAACAUUUCACGAAGAACAGCACGCAUAAGCAGCAAAGAGAGGACCUUUACAAGCCUGCUCAGCAGAAGUAGCACAACUGUAGUUCCUUCACGACUCCGCCCUGCCGCGAAGUACCUGGCAGCAACAACUUUUGAGGUUCAUGAGCUGUACGCAGUCCAUCCAGUUGUGAACCUGUACGGGUGGCUACAGCAGCAGCUCCUCUCUGGUUGCAAGCCUACUUGGAACGUGCUUCAUACGCCAACAGCCGCAGCAGCAGAAGGCCAUAGCGGUACUGCAGGGCAAGCUUUAAAUUGGCUCUCCACUGCCCCUGGGCCCCGGUUGGCUGUUGCCGCUUCAAAAUCAAAGGACGCACACCAGCACAGCGUGGGACAAGGGAAUACGUGGCCCCGACGGGAGUGGGAGGGAGACUUUACACUGUACACUGAGGCAGAACUGCAACAACAGCAGCAGCAGCAGCAAGAUAGCAGCAGCAGCAGGCGUAGAAGCGGGGAUCUUCUGGGGGGGAGUGAGUACGUGGAGGUGUUGCGAGGCAUCUUUGACAGCAGUAGUAUGCAGCAGAGAGCCACACAAACCCGUCUAACCCAACUGCCAAGAGAAUCGGAAGCUUCAAGCACUUCGCGGUUGGGGAGUAGCAGGAGGGCAAGCGGCCUGAGCGCUCCUUCCUCGGAUGCGUCCCUGGAGGCCCUGGCUUACGGCGACUUGCCUGACUUUGAUGGAUGCCCCACUGAGUUCAGCGAUGACCAGCAGCAGCAGCAGCAAGAGAGGCAGCAGAAGCAGCAAAAUCAUCUUGAAGUUCACGGAACAGCCGUUGCCUCGCUCAGGCUUAGACAGCUGCUGCAGCAGUAUGCGCUUACUCAUCCGGACCUCACAGGGCACCUACUGACGGGGGGAGAGUCGCUGAGGGCGCAUCAGCAGGAGGGGCAGCAGCAGCAACUGCAGCAGAGCGAGAAUACAAUUCCGCUAUCUCGGCUCCUGCCGAGAGGCCGCGUUGACCCACGCACUGCCUGCUGUACCUUUUCUCAUCUGCUGCUGUUGCACAGACACGGCUCAAUUAAACUGAAGCAGCUGCCGCAAACCCUCCCCAUGCCCUCAAACAACCCUUAUCCAGAGAUGUUUGUACACGUGACGCAGCAGUGGCGCAGGGCAGAUGAGGCUGCAUGGGAGCACCAGCAAGAGGUGGAAGAGGAGCAGAAGCAACAGCAACAGGAGGAGGAGCAGCAGACAUACCCAGAGGAGCAGGCAGAGCAGCAGCGGCACGAUCUGCAGCAGCCAGAAGGAUCGGCGAGUGGACUCAGAAGGACGGAGGAUGACAAGGAGGUGUCUAGCACUUCUUCAGACCAGAAGCAACUCGGGGAGGUACGGCAGCAGCAGCUCCAGCGACACACAAGAGGGGGUCCCAAGUCCACAGGUUUUCCUGUUGCCGCAUGCAGAAACCGCAGAAGCCCCAGACCUCCUUGA